AUGAUCACCCUCGGCAGCCUCGUAGGCAAAACGAACAUCAAAAUCAUCAGCAUCGUCACAACCCUGCUGUUUAUGAGCACCGUGAUCACAGACUUCGUCGGGCGAUUAGGACAGCACAGCACAGAGGCCGUGGAUGGCCAAAGCAGGUCGGGUCCCGUGCGGUCCAGCAUCGGAAAGCUUUCCAUGCUUUAUGGCGAACCCAAUCCUCUUUACGAACGAGCGUUGGCAGGCCAUCUGCCGCAUAACAAGAAUUUCGGAUAUAGCAUGUACGUGCUGAGAGAGAAGACGCUGCCAGGGUAUUGGUCGAAGCCGGCAUACAUCCUGGAUCAACUGCUUGCAGAGCUUGCGCUGCCAGAGGAAAAGCGGUUGAAAUGGCUGGUCUGGUUCGACGGCGAUACUGUUCUGAUGAACCCCAAAAUCCCACUGGAGAUCUUCCUCCCGCCGGACGAUGGCUGGAGCCAUGUCCACGCCCUGGUGACCAAUGACCACCGAGGGCUCAACAACGGCGUCUUCUUUUUGCGAGUGCACGAGUGGUCAGUGUGGCUUAUGACGGCGUGUCUGGGGACCGAGAUCUUUGAUCCGGAGAUUGACCUGGAGUUUGGCGAUCAGUCGGCGAUGGGAAUGUGGCUCAAAAAGGAACGCUUCCGCAACAACACGAUGCAUGUCCCGCAGAGGUGGUUCAAUGCCUAUGCGGGAUACCGAGGCGAGACCAACGGGCUUUUCGCCGAUCCUCUGGCGCCCCAGACCAAAGUUAGAGCCAAUUCCAUCAAAGAAGGCGAUCUUCUCGUCCACCAUGCAGGCCACAAGUCCCUGCGGGCGCAACGGAUGGCGCCGUGGAUGGAUAUCGCUGAACAACACCUCCCGCAAUGGGAGCUGAACCUGGACGAGACGACAUACGAGCAAGAGAUCCGAGAUUUCUGGAAAAAGGAGGCCCCUAAGGAGAGAAAACGGGUGGACGACAUGAUCAAGAACGAAGACAAGAAAGCGCAGGAAAAGGCUAAACAGAAGGAGGCCGAUGCGCACAAAAAGGAGGAGGAAUCAAAGAAGAAACAGGACGACGUCCGGAAGGCUGAAGACCUGAAAAAGAAGGAGGAAGAGUCGAAAAAAGCAGAUGAGGCUAAAAGGAAGGAAGAGGAGGCCACAAAGCCCGACGAAGCAAAGACCAAAGAGGCAGCAAAGAAAGCGGAUGGUGACAAGUAA